AUGGAAACACCCUCAGCAAGACAGCAGCAGCACACGCGUGUGCAGCAGCAGCGUGUGCAGCUUAGGCGCAGGACGGUGGCGGUGGCGGCGGGCGGGAGCAGCGGCGGAGUGGCCCUGCAGGGGGAUGCUUUCGAGGCGCUGCGCGGCUGCGAGGUGUAUGUGGCCAGCACCGGGGAAAAGGUGGACAUCACCAACCUGUGGGGCGACAGCGACCGGGUGAUGCUGGCCUUUGGGCGCUCCAUGGGGGAGCUGGCAGUGCAGCUGAGGCGUGACUUGCUGCCAGCUCUCAGGGAGAAGGGAGUGAAGCUGUACCUGGUCAGCAUAGGCACGCCCGAGCGCGGCCUGGAGUUUGUGGAGAAGACUGGCUUCCCUGCCGACCUCUUGUUGUGCGACCCAGACAACGUGACGUACACCUCGCUGGGGCUCAAGAAGGGGGUUCGGCAGACCUUCUUUUCGUACGAGACUCCGCUGGCCAUGUGGGAGCGCAUCAAGUCUGGCGCCACCAAGGACAUACAGGAGGUGCUGUCGGUGUGGACCAAGACGCCGCUGUGGAUCCCUCCCAAGCAAGACCAAGCCUUCCAGCAGGGCGGCGCCAUCGUGCUCCAGGGCCGCCGCCUGCUGUUUGCCCACUAUGACCAGGCCACCUCGGCCCAUGUGGACCUGCAGCUGCUGCUGGCAGAGGCCGCCAGGGGCCUGUGA